GUGAUUAUGACGGAGGUGUUGUUGAUUUUGGUUAAUAUUGUUAACAAGAAAAUAAUAUUUUAAAAUCGAUCUAUGUUCCAAUGACUUGAUUAAGUGAUAUGUGAUAAAGUAUUUUUAUAUCCGGACACAAGUUAAGCAACGAAAAUGGCAAAGGAAAUGAUGAUAGUAUUCGUGUACGACACACAAUGCUGUCUCUCCGAGGAGGACGAUCCCGCUGAUGCUGUACUGUACUUUCAUCCUGGCUGGGUGUCUGACACACAGAGGCUGGCGCUGGCUGGACAGGUCGUUGGUGUGGCUCACUGUACCAAAUCACUGUUCUCUCAGCCGCUGGCCAUAACGCUGCAGAGCGGCAAGUUCAUCAUCAGAGAAUACGGCAGAUACAUACUGGCGAUAGGCAGCGAUAGGAACAUCCCUGACUGGGUGUUGAAGAACCGCGCCAGUCUGCUGACGUCCAUGAUAAGAGUGUACCACGGAGACCUGCAAGCGCUGGCCGACGCUAUGGAAGACAGCCGCCGCCUGGCGGAGAAGAUGUAUCAGAUCUUUGAGACCUACUUACCCGUCUUACAAUACGGAUGUCAUAUAUUCCAGCGAGUGCCCAUGCUGAGCCUUCCUAAGAGCGCGACAUCGGUUUAUAUGGAAUCCAUGCAGAUAUUGGAACACUGCCGACGGAGCAGGGGCGUGCUGGGAGGCGUCAUACUAUAUAAUAAUAAAAUAAUUUCCACGCAACUCCCUCCAAGUCUGACCUCAUACUUGACGGUAGUGGACCCGUAUAGGAUUAAAUCCCCAGCUGAAAACCUGAAGACGAAGGUUCCGCUACCGCUCGGCGCUCAGCUGCUAGUGGUUUAUGUCGGCAAGAAAACUUAUUACAAUUUGAAAAAACAAGCCGACAAACUGCAAGAGUUUUACCAGAAGGGAGAGGAAAUGAUCGCCCGAUUCAAGAAGAUGCAAGAAGCGGAAAGAGAGAGAGUCCGCGAUCAUCCUCAGUCGGGCAUGAAGCGGGAUAAAUCGUUACUGUUCACGGCUGUGCCGGAGGAAGACCACACCAUGAUAUCGCCGCCGAACAGAGAAGAAGGUUCCGUACCACGGAAACCCAGCAUGCCGGAUGUGGUUCCGUUCACAAACAAACCACGGCCGAGACCUAACAAACUAUCGCUGACCUUCAAAACUCAGAAGUCUUUGGACGAGGACGUUAAAGAGAACGAAGUCAGCGAGAAAGUGUUCACGGGACAGACGAGCGUCGUGUCGACACCCAUGGUCGACUACAAGCGGCUCCACGGGAACAUGCUGUCCAUAUGUCAGAACCCGGACGCUGAUGAGAAACUGGAACUAGAGCCGGACGUCGUCAAAACAGAUAGCAGCAUGACAACGGCCGAGAGGAGGGACAGAGUAAUCCUAGACAGCAAUAGCAUCGGGGAACAUUUCAUUAACAAGCCGGAACCGAUGAGGAAGUUGGCGAGCGUUACCGACCUGCAGGAGACCUUUAGGAAACUGUCGACCAGAGCUUCCUCUAAUAUGAAGCUUAAGAGAUCCAAAAUGGAAGACGAGUCGACACCCUCGCCGGAAACGAAGGGGCAGAAUACUAUGACCAUCAACGAUCCACUGUUUCCGGUUUUCAGAAACGACGGCGUCGCCAUAUCAGAGUCGCUCUUCAACCAGUACCUGGAGCAGUAUUAUUCUGGCAUUAAACAUUCCAAGGAAGAUAGCGUGUUCAAUUUUAAUCAUAAGUUAGGCGAGUUAGACAAGUUUAAAGAUUUCGAUUCGGAACUAAUGAAGUCUCCGCAAAGAACCCCGAAAAGGGUGGCGAAGGAUUCGUCGAAUACGGUGCAAACGGACCAGUCGAGGCGGAAAACGCUGUCGCUGCCUUUAAAGUCGCUCUCGGAAAAUUCAGAAAAGCAGAUAGACACGGGCGCAGACACGUUGAGUUUUAAGAAGAAGCUAUCGGGAGUCCAGUUGACGCCUCUCAUGGAGAAGCUGAGCCACUUAGCGUUCUCAGACAAGUCCAGCGGAUACAGCAGCAGGGUCAUGACGCCCUUGGAGCUGAGGGAGUUACUGACUCCGGCUCUAGAGAAACAAGUCACAUUCACUGAAAGGAAGAGGUCCCGCCUCGAGGACAGUUCGGAGUCGGAGUCGGACGGCGAGUGCGACGUGGACUCCCUGCCUUCCUACAGCUCUCAGUCCGUGAGGUGCGCGCUGUUCGUCAGCGGACUACACAACAUGGCGCUGCUGGAACUGCUGGACCUGGACGCCGCCGACGACACACAGACCAUCAACACGCUCUGGGAGGCUUCUCUAAACGCUCUGGGUCCGAUCGAGCAGAAGUGUAUGGAGCCGCCGACCACGGAGCCCGACUCGACCGACUACAGUUACCUGUUGCUGGACCCCGACUGGGGCACCGUCAAGAAGGGCGGCCCAUGGGCGGCGUUAGACAUCGCUACCAUGGGCUACAUACAUAACGAGUUCGAGGAACAACCGGAUUUGACAGAGUUCAUAUUGAGGAGCGAAGACAGCGUGGUGUUGGGUGCCAGCUGCGGCCGAGCGCAGGUGUUCUACCAGGAGAGCGGAGCGCGCGCCCCCGGGCCUCCGCCCCCGUCCGACCUGCUGGCCGCCGCCCCGCUCAGGGCGCGCCGCCGCCUCCACCGAGACCACUCCACACUCAUACUGUAGACGAUCGUCUUCUCUACGUUGUUAUUGGACUGUUACAUACUAUUUUUUAUACGGAGCUGGCGUUUUCCUGAAGAGAAGUUUUGUUUUUACGCCGCGUUAAGUGAGUGUGUUAUUGUUUCACACAAAGCUGUGCCCACAUUCCGAAGUUGAUUUGUUAAACCUCUGAUCGAUUUGGUUCUGAUAUUUUAUCGUUGCGCUACUUACCGAACUGUUGUUGUCGCUGACAAUAUAAGAGGUGCAGUAUUUAAAAUAAGUUAGCACGAAUUAGGACAAAACAACCAUUUGUAAGUUUGUUUUACAUAAUAGUAACACCACACUGAGCGGCGCCAUGAAUAGAGACGCUGCAAUUUUAACCAGAACUCGGAUUUAAGAGCGUUAGAUAUUAUGUAACCACCUAGUCUGUUAGAAAAUUUGUUUCUUACAAUUAACUCGUAGUGAAGUAAAGUGUAGUUCUCGCGAUUUCUAGAUUAUUAUUGAAGUAAAAAAUAGACUUAGCUGUAAAGUCGACCUUUUCGUAAUGAAUGUAGACUAGAUGUAGUUUUUCUUCGAAAGCAACUCAAUCGUAGUAAUAUCACGUUCAAGGUUAAUAUCAAAACAUUUCAAGUCAGUUGCAGUCGACGAUAGUCCAGUACGCCAUUUUUCCUAGUUAGUAGUCGGUAGUCAAGUUUACAGGAGCGAUACAUAUCUUUGAAUCCAUCGUUAAAAGAAAUAAUAAGAUGCUAAAUAUUAUUUGCUACAGGAUAGCAGUUUCGUCAACUGUGACAAGUCAAAUUUACAUUCGGCCGUAAACAAAUAUUACAAAAUGUUUCGUCGAUUCGAUAAAUAUUCCGACUCUAAAAUGUCUUUCCGUGCUGAACCCGUUCUCAGGACAACACGAAAGAAUGUAAAUUUGACAAUCUAUUCCACCCAUUUUGAUUAAUCUGCGUAGAUAAUAGUAGUCAAACUAAAUUAUUUAUCUUCUACGCUCAGUAAUCUUGCCACUAGUUAGUAAGUUUCCGGCCACGUAGUAUGUAUUUUGCUAGUCUAUGCUCAAUUUUGCCAUACUAUAUAUUAGAGCACCGUCUAAAGGCCAUAUUUUAAAUCCUUAUUUUUGUAUGUACAUACCUGUUUUAUUUUAAGGCUUACAUAUUAAAAAAGCUUAACAUUUGUACUCGGUUAAGAUGAGAAGAUAUAUGAGUAGGCGAAGGAAAGAUUUAAAUAAAAUCGGUUUUUCAUAUAUAACUUCAAUCUCUUUGGAGUUUCCAUAGAAACUUCUCCGAUUAAAGUGUUCAGACCGCUUGCGUGCGUCCCUCGAUCGUAGGUCGAUGUUAAAUUUAAUUAUAAAUUUAUUUAUUAUUUAUAUUAUAAAUUACAUUUGAUAAAAGAAAACGAUUGUAUUGUAAUCAUCGGCCCUGUCGGGGACGCUCGGCCGUGCUCUGUCGGUACUUACUGUCAACGCUGCAUUCCGUUCGCUCGCAAUCAACGAAAUGUACAAAUCAAUGCAUAUUCUCGCGUCGUCCAGAACCAACAAGGAUACCGUUUGUAUCUUUAGUAUUCGUUUUACUGUACAUUGUGUUUAUUACCGUUAUAGUUUUAUAUUCUAUAUUUUUAUCGAUCUCUAGUGUACGGCGGAUAGCGUUAAAGGGUGCCAAUGCGUCAAAUGUUGUAUUUAUUUAUACAUAAACAUAGUAUUAAGAUUUUAAUAAACCCGAUAGUGAGAUUUUGUUAAUUGUACGCCAGUGUAAUAAAUAUACCCCAUAAAAUAAUGCAUA